AUAUUUUGAAAACAUCGAUAUCAUCGAUGUUGGCACCGACGUUUCCCCACCUCUACUCAUUUGAGUUUGAAUCUUCAACAGGUGGAAUACGCGCUAGAGUAGAAAGCGAUCUUACGAGUCAACCGAAUCGCGAUCAAAAAUCAAUAUCUUGGAUUACCUCGCUUCACUUAAAGACCAGUUGUCUGCAAGCAGACCGCUUAUAAGUUUGCCCAUCCCAAGGAGAAUGGGUCGCCAGUCGACUUGCAGGCUGCUCCUGCUGUUGGCCUUCAGCCUGGCCCUCAUCCAUGCCGGCCAUUCGAGCACCGUGAGCCCCAAAAUCAAAUACAUCCACGAUGAUCUGACGGAGAACGAGCUAAACUCCGGCGAGGAGGUGAGUGCCGCCGAGAGUCUGCCCAAGAUCUCCACGCCCAAGGUCAAGGAGCUGCCGGUGGAGACGACCACCAAGAGCGCAGAGAAGACCAAGACCAGAAAGAGCCUCAGCGAGGAGGCGCUCAAGGAUCUCUUGGAGGCGGCCAGGCACAGCCAAGCGUUGGCCGAAGAUCCGCACUUCAACAAGAUGAUCAACGCCACCUCCUCCUCCACCUCCUCCUCCUCCGCCUCCACGCCCAAGGCAAAGAACUCCACCGACGGCGAGGAGAACUACGACUACUACACCUACGACGAUGACUACUCCUACUUCGACGAGGACAAGGAGACAACCCCCUCGACGCCCAAGAAGGGCAAGGCCAAGCCCAAGCUGCAGCCCAUCGUGGACGCCGCCUCCUCGAAGCCAAAGGCCAAGACCAGCGAGCAAAAGACCAAGGAUAAAACCAAUGAUAUCGACAGCGACUCCCAGUACGAUUACGAGGAGGACAUGGAUGAGGAUGACGAUGAGGAGGACGACGAUGCCUCCGACGAUCUCCUGACCGACGAUGAGCAGGUGGAGUUCAGCGAGGAUGUGCCCUGCCCGCGAUUCUGCCAUUGUGCCCGGAAUGUCAACAGCUAUUUGGUGGCCACCUGCAGCAGACUGGACAUGGGCAUCCAGAAGUUCGGCUCGGACAUCACGGACUUGGUGGUGACCAAUGUGGGUCCCAAGUACCCCAUCCUGAUGGGCCCCAACUUCUUCCUGAACCUGGGCCUCAAGAACGUGGCCUCGAUCAAGAUCGCCAACUGCACCCUGGAGUACCUGCACGCCGAGGCCUUCCACGGCCUGACCGAGCUGUACGCGGUUAAUCUGACGGACGUGGGCCUGGCCAUCAUCAAUCCGGACACCUUUGUGGGCAACAAGAAGCUGCGCAUGCUGACCAUCUCUGGUAAUGACCUGAGCAUCAUGUCCAGCGUUCACUAUCUGCUGAAGUCUUCCAGCAUUGAGGAGCUGGACUUCUCGCGCAACAACCUCAUAGAGCUGAACCCCAAGGCCUUCUCGCAGCUCUCGAACAUCGUGUACAUCAAUCUGAGCCAGAACAGCCUAAAGAAGCUGCCCGAGAAGGCGUUCGAGAACGUGACCCUGCUGGAGGAACUGGACCUGUCCUACAACUCGCUGACAGAGCUGCCACGUGAGAUCUUCAACGGCACCACGCUGUCCAUUCUGCACCUGAAGUACAACACAUUCGGUGGCGACCUGCACUUCGGCACCAGAGAUCUGCAGCAGCUGGACCUGAGCUUCAAUGCGAUCGUCCAGGUUCACCACAGCAUGUUCGACAGGAUGCCCGGCCUGACCAGCCUGAACCUCAAGGGCAACGGCAUCAAGAAGAUCCAGCCAGACUCGUUCCUCACGCUGAAGAGCCUGCGCCACAUCGAUCUGUCCAUCAACGAGCUGGACCAGAUCUCGGGCAUGCUGUUCUUCAAGAACUCCGAGCUCGAUGUGAUCCGGCUGAACGACAAUCCCCGCCUGAGCCAGCUGCCCACCGACGGUUUCCUGAGCUACAGUGGCGAGUUCACCGUCUACUACCUGGACAUCUCGAACUGCGCCAUCGGACCGCUGGGCCACAAGGCCUUCGCCACGAUGCCGCACCUGACCACUUUGAAGCUGGCCUGGAACAACAUCAACCACCUGCCGCGCGAGGUGUUCGCCGGACUGAGCAAGCUAAUCGAUCUGGAUCUGAGCAACAACCUGAUUCCCCGCAUGGACGACCAGAUCUUCGAGGACAACGGAGAGCUGACCAAGCUCAGUCUGGCCGGCAAUCCCAUCAGCCGCCUAUCCGUGCGUCUCUUCCAGCCGCUGCACCAGCUGCGCUCCCUGGACGUCAACGAUUGCGAGCUGACUGCCCUGAUCUCCGACCGCCAGGUGGGCCAGGGCUACAAGGUCUUCGACAGCCUGCGCAGCUUCAAUGCCUCCGGCAAUCUGAUCAAGAAGAUCUCCUCGGAGGACGUGAGGGGAUUCAAGAACCUGCGCUCCCUGGACAUCACCAACAAUCCGCUGAAGUGCACGCGCGACUUCCAGGACUUCAUCAGCUAUGUCACCCUGCAGAUGCAGAUGACGCCCAAGCGGCUGCCGGUGCUGGCCAAUCUGGAGGACGACGCCACCAUUGUGGAGCUGGAGAACCAGGCGCAGGCCGGAUGGGCCAAUCUGGCCCACGAGGUGUGCAAGCACGCCGAGGGAUCCGAUCUGCUGGACGAGAAGAAGGCCGACAGCGCCGUGGCCAAGCUGGAGAAGCGGCUGAAGGAGAGCGAGAAGAAACUGGACGAGGACGAGGCGAAGCUGCUCAGUGUCCUGGACAAGAGUGUGCUGGACAAGAGUCGGCUGAGCAGCAUGCAGAAGAUCAUGAAGGGAUCGCUUGCGGCCAACACCGAAGCCCACAAGCCGGCGGAGGACAGUGCCGAGGAGAACCUCAACCACGGCGGUGAGGACAAGGACGAGGACAGCAGCGACUACGACAGCGACGAGGACGACGACGAGGAUGACGACGAGGAGGACGACGACGAUGACGAGCGCUUCGAGGAGGAGCGCAAGAAGGGCAAAGCCAAGGGCGAGUCCGACAAGGCCUUCGACACGUUUGUGAACAAGGAGCUGAAGCCCGUGCUGAAGGACGAGGGCGUCAAGGCGGAGGAAGUGGACAUGUCCGAGGAGACGCGCGACGAGUUCCUCUUGGGUAAACUUGGCUUUGACAGCGAGAGCGAGGAAUCGGAUGAGUACAACGAGAAGAUGAUCUUCCGCGGCCAACUGUCCUACGACGUGGCCGUGCCCCUGAUCAUCGUGUCCUUCUGCCUGCUGAUGAUCGUGCUGUCCAUCGCCCGGGUGAUCUAUGUGGUGCUGCGCAAGCGCGGCGAGCGCUAUCGCAUGGCCCUGAUGGCCUCCAAGAACUCGUUCGUGUACCAGAAGCUCAGCGAGGACAUCGUGAAGCCAACCAGCAGCAGCAGCAGCAGCAAGGAGCAGAAGGAGCCCAAGCACCUCAAGCAGCCCAAGGUGCACCGGUAUGCGCCCAUCAACCAGGUCUAAGUCCGCCCCAGAGCCAGAGCAGUUCCGGGCCGGACUUCGCGGAAGUCGAACGAGUUGCGCUGUUUUUCUAAUUUAUAAGUUUAUUGAUAGUUGAACAAGUGGAAAUCGCAUCAGACAAUUGACUACACACAAGCACAAGCAGUAGCAGUAGCAGAAGCAUGAAGAUUGAAGAUUGAAAAGAAACAGGAGGAGGCACUCGUUGCGGAGCAGUAGCUGGCAGUUAAAAGUAUUAGCGAAAGUGCGAGCAAACAAAGCAACAACUGAGAAAUACUUGAAUCCAAAUAAGAGAGAAAGAGAGAGA